CGCGAAGUCGGGGCGGGUCACUAUACGAUUUAAUAUUAUUUAAACCGCAGUAAACGUUAUCAUCUGGUCAGAUGAAGUCGUUCGCCUGCAAACCUCAGUGGUCUUUUAAACUGGUUUUCAUUCGACACAAAGGUGUACAUUAGUACACCAAAAUAUCUAUACGAUACCAAAACAUUGUGUUUGUGUAACUGAUUAAUUAUAUACCUAUUACAAUGAGGUGUGAAAUACCCGAAGUGGGAAGAUGCUGCUUCUGUUUUCCCUUGAGACUCGGACUAAUUGUCUGGGGUUAUCUAAAGCUGGCAGCCAGCUUGGUAUUACUGGUUGUGAUACUCAUGAGCUUUAUUACGAACUUGCAGCGCCAGAACUACCCACAUGAUAUUUUAUUUCUGGGGUCUAACAUUUUCUACAUUGGUUCAUUAUUUGCUGAUAUAGUUUUUCAUAUAAUAUUUGCCGUCGGAGCCCACAAGAAAGAUCCCAAGAAAAUGGAACUGUUUUUAAAAUUUUGUAUAUACACAUUGGUGACGUACGUCUUGGGUUUAUGUUAUGCCCUUUACCUUACAUUUUCUGGUUACUUCUUCGGGUUUAUCUUCGGUUUAGUAAUAGGGACGCUAUUUUUUUCCUGUAUCGUUAUCGAAAUCUAUAUAAUGAUCCUCAUAAGGAGCGAGGUGGUGAAACUGAAGAGGGGAUCAAAUUUCCAAUUCGUAAACCACAGUGCUGACGCCAACAUUAGUGUGGAAAUCGACGUAGAUAACAAAACUAUUUAUUAAAAUUUAUUGUAAGUUUAAUGUAUAUUUAAAAAUGUUAUAAUUAAAUUUUAUUAAUAGUACUGGCCACGAUUUUCUUAUUUUGAAUAUUGUCCGUCAAGCAUUCUAAUUGUAUGUUUAUGUAGAGUAACUUAAAUAUUAAUAUUUAAAUUUAAAAUUUUAUAAAUAAUUAUAAAUCAUGAUACUGUCAUACUAUGUCGCUGAUAAUAGAUAUUAUACCUAAUACAAGUAAGCUUAAUAAGUGCAUAUAUAUAUUUAAUAUUUAAAUACGAUGUUAUCAAAAAAAAAAUUCAGUCUUAUGCCAAUGAAGUAUCUAAUUCACACAUUGACAUUUAUUGUAAUGUACAUGAAUAAUAGUUUUGAAAAAUAUGAUUCUGUAGGUGCAUACAUAUUAUCAUGUCUUUAUGUUUUGUUGCUGAAAAAUACAUAUUAUAUGUUGCAAUUACUUAAAAA